CACAUGUUUGUGUCAAAUUCGUCAAUCUCCAGAUAAACUACUCCUGUCUCUUGCUCGAAAAUCCACUUCACAGAGUCUUGAAGUUUCAGAGUUCAGAUCUUCGAAGAGUUUCUUUCCUUUUCAGUUCUUGGUUUUUUCUUGGUAUUUGAACGAAUGGUGAUGGAAGACGACGAGAGUAGUAGUUGUAGUAGUAGAGCGGCGGAAUCGAUGCCGGUGAGCAAUCGGCAGCAGAGAAAGAAGCUUGAAGUUUACAAUGAGGUUCUUAGUAGGCUUAAAGAUUCGAAUAACCAGGAGGCUGAAGAGCCUGGCUUCAACGACGAACUUUGGACUCACUUUAAUCGGCUUCCCUAUCGGUAUGCAUUGGAUGUGAAUGUGGAAAGGGCGGAAGAUGUUCUCACACACAAACGGUUAUUGCAUUUGGCACAUGAUCCUGCAAAUAGACCUGCAUUUGAAGUCCGCCUAGUCCAGGUUCCUCCUAUCUCUGAUGGGAACUUGGCUGAGUUCAUUCAUUCAAGCUUGCCAAGGAGCGAAGGUGCUCUAAGCAUUCGUCCACCACCUGCCUUUGGUUCAUCUCCUAAUCUCAAAGCCCUUGCACUUGAAGUAAACAAACCUCAAGAUCAAGAUGGGGACCAUGUUUUAAAUGCCUGUGUAAAUUCUUCCAGGCCCAUGCAUGAAAUCACCUUUUCAACAGAGGACAAGCCAAAGGUCCUCAGCCAGUUGACUUCCUUAAUUUCUGAGAUUGGGCUGAACAUCCAGGAAGCACAUGCUUUUUCAACAGUUGAUGGCUAUUCCUUAGACGUUUUUGUUGUUGAUGGGUGGCCAUAUGAGGAAACUGCGAGGCUUCGAAUUGCAUUGGAAAAGGAAGUUUUGGAGAUUGAGUUGGAGUUGGUGGGGUUCUCGGGGGGAGGGGUUGCAAAGCUGGCUUCUAGAGCAGGUCUCUGGCUGGGGAAGAAACUGAAGGGAGGAAUCUGUUUUAGUCGUAUAUUCAGUAUGUCAUGUUCCUUUACGUAUGUUGUCCGUUACCUUCUUUUGGCUGCCCCUGCGGGGGUUUUUUAUCAGAAGCAGGCUUGGCCGAAUCAAUGUUCAUUAUCUCCUGAUCAUUCGGGGAUCAAAAGUGAAUCUGAACAUAUGACAAUCCCUAGUGAUGGCACCGAUGUCUGGGAAAUCGAUCCUCAAUAUCUGGUACUUGAGAGCAAAAUUGCAUCUGGGUCAUAUGGUGACUUAUACAAGGGUACAUACCGUAUGCAGGAAGUAGCCAUCAAAUUCCUGAAGUCUGAUUGUGUUAGUUCAGACAUGCAUAGAGAGUUUGCACAAGAAGUGUAUAUUAUGAGGAAAGUUCGACACAAGAAUGUUGUACAAUUUAUAGGUGCUUGUACCAAACCUCCAAGUUUGUGUAUUGUAACAGAAUAUAUGUCUGGUGGAAGUGUGUAUGACUAUCUACACAAGCAAAAGGGUACUUUUAGGCUUCCAUCUUUACUAAAAGUAGCAAUCGAUAUAUCAAAGGGAAUGAACUACUUGCACCAGAAUAAUAUAAUACACAGGGACUUGAAGGCUGCAAAUCUUCUAAUGGAUGAAAAUGAAGUGGUUAAAGUGGCUGAUUUUGGAGUUGCCAGAGUGAAAGCUCAGACGGGAGUUAUGACGGCAGAAACUGGGACAUAUCGAUGGAUGGCUCCUGAGGUUAUAGAACACAAGCCCUAUGAUCACAAGGCUGAUGUUUUUAGUUUUGGGAUUGUGUUGUGGGAGUUACUCACCGGAAAGCUUCCAUACGAGUAUUUGACCCCGUUACAAGCAGCUGUUGGAGUUGUCCAAAAGGGUUUGCGGCCCACUAUCCCAAAGCAAAUUCAUCCGAAGCUGGCCGAGCUGCUUGAGAGAUGCUGGCAGCAUGACCCAACUUUAAGACCUGACUUUUCGGAGAUAACAGAAAUCCUGCAGCAAAUAACCAAGGAGGCUGGAGAUGGAGAGGAUCAGCGCAAGGAAAAAUCAUCUGGUGGAAUCUUUUCGGUCCUCAAACUGGGACAUCACUGACAGGGGGACACACAACAUUUAUAGCAUACACACUUACCUCUAAUCAUGGGUCAUUAUCCAGCUCGUUUUUCAUCUGCAGUGUACAUUAUUUUUCCUCUUCAUGAAAUUCUUCAUAUGUUUUUUUCUUGUUUUAGAUGUGCCCCAUUUUUUUCCUUUAUAUUCUUUUAACCACGCAUUCCCCACUUUCUGUAUGAAUUUUAUGGUGAAGUUUGUUCUGGACUUUGUAGCCAUUGUAUGGAUAGGCAAUUUCUCAGAGGUGAACC